AUGUGCCUUCUUGUAACACCAUAUGUCUAUACAUCGAUUACUGUUGAUGAUCAAUACAUACCAUCAAAUGAUUUAGAUACUUAUGGUAUGCAAGAACAUGAUGUCAAUAAUAAUCAAAUCAUUACGUCAAGACGAGCAGCUCAUUUUAUAUUUCCACCUACAGAUUUCAUAUCUCCAUCAAGUCAAUCGAUUUCUUAUCUAGAUGUUAUACCAACAAAACGACAAUCAUUUGGUCGAAAACAUCAUUGGGAUGCAUUUUUUGGUCGACGUCGUUAA